AUGUUCAGUCCAUGGGUCGACUACGUCACUGUUCAUUCGGCAAACGUGUUGUCUUCUCUUUCAUUCAACAGACGUGUCAUCUUCUCUUUUACCACCGAUCACCGCCUCUUUACCCAAUCGAUUUAUUACACUCUCGAUUCUUCUUCUCACUUCUUCUCUAUUGAACCCGAUCGCUUCUUUACGAAUCGACAAAGUUUCAGCAAUCGAUUCAACACAUCGCUGGUAUUAAGGGAUCAGAAAACUUUGAUAGCUAGGGUUAACCGUGGUGUUGCAGAACUUCAGGCUGAACUGGGCUUCUCUUGGUCUGAUGUUACAGAUUAUACAUUACAGGAGACAUUUAGGGCUCAUUAUCAAUCUGUAAGAAGUGCAAAAGCUGUAACUGAUCGAAUGACAGGGCACACAAAAGGUUAUGGAUUUGUCAAAUUUGGAGAUGAAACUGAACAAAUACGCGUCAUGACUGAGAUGAAUGGAAGCUUAUGCUCAACCAGACCUAUGCUCAUUGGUCCAGCUGCUAACAAAAAUACUACUGGUGGACAACAGAAUCCUAAAGGGCAUCAAGGGGCUCUAUCAUGUAAGAUUGUGGCAAUGAUUUCAGCUGAAAUAGUUACCCCUGUAGUGGGUGGCCUUGCUCAAAACCCUCAAGAGGCAAUUUUUUAG